AUGCCUCGCGUGUAUGUUUCUUUGUGGACACCGGAGCCUUUCCAUGAUCUCUGUCAUGCUUCUGGAUGUGCUGCUGUGGGGCGUGACGAACCCGCUGCUGAAGCACUACAGCCGCGGGAUGACGCGGUGUUUCUUGUGCGACGACCGAAGUACAUGGCUACACAGGCUGUGAACCUAAGUGACUCCGUCGUAUUUUUUUUACUGUGUGAGGUGGACGUGUCGGUUGGCUCGAUUGUGGUGAACUCGCUUGCAUUCGUUAUCACUGUGCUGAUGAGUGUGUUCUGCGCGAGGGUCUGUUGCGCGCGUGGACCACUGCAGGGUGCCUUCUGGUGGUGGUGGGGACUGUGCUGUCCACUUCUCCAGCGCGCGCUGAGAGUGGGUCCGUUAGGCCGUUUGCGGCCUGUGAUCAGAUGUCCCAGGUGUUGA